GGUUUAGAUGUAGCAACUUUAUUCGACCAAAUCCCCAACGCCCACCCGCUUCCUACCCGCCGGAACAAUUCUCUAUUCUCUGUUCUAUUCUCUUUUCUUCUUCUUCUCCCCAAAACCUUCUCUUCCAUUCCCACCCCACUCGCCGGACCACCACCAUUUCCGUCAACGCCACACCUUUCUUUCACCCCUCCCUCAUUGCCAUUCCCCAUUCUCAUUCCCAUUCCCAUUCCCAUUCCCUCAUCAUUCUCGACACUUCAAUCUCCUUAAUCCAUCAAUCUUCCUCCACUGAGCACAACGAAACUCUUCUCCUUCAAUCCACUCAUAACCCCUCUUUCAUGGUUUCUCCAACGAACGAUAAUGCCUGCCCAAGCAGAGCUCCUCACCCUUUUCCAUCUGCAUUCCGUUCUUUACCCUGUUAGGUUGUGGAAGAAUCCCUAAAAGGUUUCUUCUUUUCGUCUCAUGGUAUUGCCUAUUGAUUUUUCCUUGUUGAGGCGUUUCGUUUCGGAUUCCCUAUCUCCACCUUGGAUCUGUAGCUGAUCGAAUUUCCUCCAGGAUGGCUAGUCAAGUAAAUCUAGUGGUUGGAUCUCUUGUUUGGAUUGAGGAUCCUGAGGUAGCCUGGCUAGAUGGGGAAGUCCUGGAAGUUAAUGGUCAAGAUAUCAAAGUACUUUGUACGUCAGGAACUACUGUUGAGGUCAAAUCAUCAAAUGUCUAUCCGAAGGAUCCUGAAUUUCCUCCAUGUGGUGUGGAUGAUAUGACAAAACUAGCUUAUUUGCACGAGCCGGGGCUUCUACAAAACUUAAAAUCUCGUUAUGAUGUUAAUGAAAUUUAUACCUAUACUGGAAGUAUACUAAUAGCCGUAAAUCCUUUUCGAAGACUUCCUCAUUUAUAUGAUAAUCACAUGAUGCAACAAUAUAAAGGUGCAGCUUUAGGUGAGCUGAGCCCGCAUCCCUUUGCCAUUGCAAAUUCUGCUUAUAGACAGAUGAUUAAUGAAAGUAUCAGCCAGUCAAUUUUAGUUAGUGGGGAAAGUGGUGCUGGUAAAACAGAGAGUACAAAGAUGCUUAUGCGCUACCUUGCCCAUGUUGGAGGGGGGAGAGCUGGAGGUAAGGCUGCAUCUGGUGAACGUUCUGUAGAGCAGCAAGUACUCGAGUCGAACCCUGUUCUUGAAGCAUUUGGCAACGCAAAGACUGUUAGAAACAAUAAUUCAAGCCGUUUCGGUAAAUUUGUGGAGAUCCAAUUUGAUCAGAGCUGGAGAAUUUCUGGAGCUGCUAUUAGAACUUAUUUAUUAGAACGUUCCCGUGUUUGCCAAGUGUCUGAUCCUGAGAGGAAUUAUCAUUGCUUCUACAUGCUUUGUGCCGCACCGACAGAGGAAAUUGAAAAGUAUAAAUUAGGGAAUCCCAGAACAUUUCAUUAUCUUAAUCAGUCUAAUUGCUAUGAACUUGAUGGAGUGGAUGAUUCCAAGGAAUAUCUUUCAACUAGGAAAGCUAUGGAUGUUGUUGGAAUAAGUACAACUGAGCAGGAUGCGAUAUUUCGAGUUGUAGCUGCGGUACUUCAUUUGGGCAACGUCGAAUUUGCAAAGGGUACGGAAACAGAUUCCUCUGAACCGAAGGAUGACAAAGCUCGGUUCCAUCUCAAAAUGGCAGCAGAACUAUUCAUGUGUGAUGAGAAGGCUCUUGAAGAUUCCAUGUGUACGCGUGUGAUAGUUACACGCGAUGAAACCAUAACUAAAUGUCUUGAUCCGGACUCUGCAACUCUUAGUAGGGAUGCUUUAGCAAAGAUUGUUUAUUCAAGAUUAUUUGAUUGGAUUGUUGAUAAGAUCAAUAACUCAAUUGGCCAAGAUCCUGAUUCGAAGAACUUAAUUGGGGUUCUGGAUAUCUAUGGAUUCGAGAGUUUCAAGACAAACAGCUUUGAGCAAUUCUGUAUUAACCUGACCAAUGAGAAAUUGCAGCAACAUUUCAACCAGCAUGUGUUCAAGAUGGAGCAAGAAGAAUAUACAAAAGAAGAAAUUGACUGGAGUUAUAUUGAAUUUAUUGAUAAUCAGGAUGUUCUUGAUCUCAUUGAGAAGAAACCUGGCGGCGUCAUUGCUCUUCUGGAUGAGGCUUGCAUGUUUCCGAGAUCUACACAUGAUACGUUUGCGCAGAAACUAUAUCAAACUUUUAAGGACCAUAAGCGUUUUAGUAAGCCUAAAUUGUCACGAACUGACUUCACAAUUUGCCAUUAUGCUGGUGAUGUUACGUACCAAACUGAACUCUUCUUGGACAAAAACAAAGAUUAUGUUGUUGCGGAGCAUCAAGCACUGCUGAGUGCUUCUAAGUGCACCUUUGUUGCAGGACUCUUCCCCCCCUUACCUGAAGAAACCUCCAAAUCAUCCAAGUUCUCAUCAAUAGGGACUCGAUUUAAGCAACAACUUCAAUCUUUGCUUGAGACACUAAAUGCUACUGAGCCACACUACAUUCGCUGUGUAAAGCCAAACAAUCUUCUUAAACCAGCCAUCUUUGAGAACAAUAAUGUUUUGCAGCAGCUCCGAUGUGGGGGAGUCAUGGAAGCAAUCAGGAUCAGUUGUGCUGGAUAUCCUACUAGGAAGACGUUUGAUGAAUUUAUCGGUCGGUUUACUAUCUUGGCACCUGAUGUUUUGAAGGGGAGCUCUAAUGAAGCCACUGCGUGUAAGAGGCUUUUGGAGAAAGUGAACAUUAAAGGGUAUCAGAUUGGUAAAACCAAAGUAUUUCUUAGGGCUGGUCAAAUGGCAGAAUUAGAUGCUUGCCGAACUGAGGUCUUGGGGAGAUCUGCUAUGGUUGUCCAAAGGAAAGUACGCUCAUAUUUGGCACGCAAAAACUUUAUUUUGUUGCGGUUGGCUGCUAUACAAAUUCAAGCCCUGUGUAGAGGGCAAAUUGCACGCCAGCAUUAUGAAGACAUUAGAAUGGAAGCUGCUUCCAUCAAAAUCCAAAAGUAUUGGCGUAUGCAUUUUGCCCGAUGUUGCUAUAAAAGAUUUUGCACUUCAGCUGUAGCUAUUCAAGCUGGUAUCCACGGUAUGGUUGCUCGUAAAGAGCUCAAGUUCAGGAGGCAGACAAGAGCUGCAAUUAUCAUUCAGAGUCGAUGUCGGCAAUACUUGGCCUGUAUGCAUUAUUUGCGGAUUAGAAAAGCUGCAAUUACCACUCAAUGUGCUUGGAGAGGUAGAGUUGCACGAAAAGAACUUCGAAAGCUUAAAAUGGCUGCUAAGGAAACUGGCGCUCUCCAAGCUGCCAAAAAUCUGCUGGAGAAGCAAGUGGAAGAACUAACCUGGAGAUUGCAGCUAGAGAAACGAAUGAGGGCUGACAUGGAGGAAGCCAAGACUCGAGAAAACACAAAAUUGAAGGCUGAUUUAGAAGAAAUGCGAACUCAAUUUCAGGAAACGAAAGCACUGCUUAUUGAGGAACGUGAAGCUGCAAAGAAAAUAGUUGAGCAAGUUCCUGUCAUACAAGAGGUUCCCGUUGUUGAUAAUGAGCUGAUCAAUAAGUUAACUACUGAAAAUGAACAACUGAAGGCUCAUGUAAAUUCUUUGGAAAAUAAAAUUGAUGAAACAGAAAGGAAAUUUGAGGAAAGUAACCGACUCAGUGAAGAGCGGCUGAAGCAGGCUACAGAGGCAGAGUCAAAGAUAAUCGAAUUAAAGACUGCCAUGCAAAGGCUUGAGGAAAAAGUAUCCGACUUGGAAACUGAGGACCAAAUUCUUAGGCAGCAAGCACUGCUAAAGCCUCCUUCAAGAAAAAUGUCCGGACGUAUAGCAACUCAGCCUUUGGAAAAUGGCCACCAUGACUUAAUAAGCAAGGCACCAUCGAAAAAGUAUGGUACGGAUGCUGAUGCAAAAUUGAGGAGAUCCCAAAUUGAAAGGCAGAACGAAGGCAUGGACGCUCUAUCAAAAUACCUGACACAGAAUCUUGGGUACAGUGAGGGAAAACCUGUUGCUGCUUUUGUAAUUUAUAAAUCUCUCCUCCAUUGGAGAUCAUUUGAAGCUGAAAAAACAAGUGUUUUCGAUCGGCUAAUUCAGCUGAUUGGUUCUGCCAUUGAGAAUCAGGAUGAUAAUGAACUUAUGACCUAUUGGUUAUCCAACACAACUACAUUGUUGUUCCUUCUUCAAAAGAGUUUAAAAGCCACACCACGGAAGCCUCCCACCCCUACAUCAUUUUUUGAGCGGAUGACCCAAGGGUUUCGGUCAUCUUCUGCCCUUCCAGUUGGCACCCUUGACGUGGUGCGGCAAGUUGAGGCCAAAUAUCCUGCUCUACUUUUCAAGCAGCAGCUAACAGCGUAUGUAGAAAAGAUAUAUGGAAUAGUUAGAGACAACCUAAAGAAGGAACUAUCGCCGUUGAUUUCAGCUUGUAUCCAGGCUCCAAGAUCUUCGAGAGGAAACAUUUUAAAAUCAUCUGGCCAGGAAAAUAGCAGUAGCCCUCCCAGCAAUUCAUGGAGCAGCAUCAUCGGGAACCUUAACGAUCAUCUGUGUAGAUUGCAAAAGAAUUUCGUGCCUAACGUUUUGGUUCAGAAGAUCUUCACUCAGGUUUUUUCAUAUAUCAACGUUCAACUUUUCAACAGUCUUUUACUUCGACGAGAGUGUUGUACGUUUAGCAAUGGGGAAUAUGUGAAGUCAGGAUUGGCUGAAUUAGAGAUUUGGUGUUCCCAAGCAAAAGAAGAGUAUGCUGGGUCGUCUUGGGAUGAGCUAAAACCGGUGAGGCAAGCUGUUGGAUUCUUGGUUAUUCACCAGAAGUCUAGAAUAUCUUAUGAUGAAAUUACAAAUGACCUCUGUCCAAUAUUGAGCGUUCAACAGCUUUAUAGAAUAUGUACUCUUUAUUGGGACGACAAUUACAAUACUAGGAGUGUAGCUCCAGAUGUUAUUUCUAGCAUGAAAGUUAUGAUGACUGAGGAUUCCAACGAUGAAGAUAGUAGUUCCUUUUUGUUGGAUGACAAUUCCAGUAUACCUUUCUCGGUUGAUGACAUAUUCACUUCCCUGCAAGAACAAAAUUUUCAUGAUGUAAAGCCUCCAGCAGAACUACUAGAGAAUCCGGCCUUCCAAUUUUUACAGGAAUAAGGCUGUGGUUCUUAUUUAUAUAUGAUCCACGGUGCCCCAUAUCAGUCUUUGCCCUUUGUAAAUCCAUUUCAUUUUUUGUUUCAAAAAGCCAAAAGAAAAAAAAUGAAAAAUGAAAAAAUCAUUUCACUACCACUGUAACAUCCAUUCCUCUGGAUGUAAAGUUCAUUCUUUAGAGUUGUAUAAUGUCGUUAGGCCGGUUUUGAAUAGUUAAGAAGGGAAAGGGAAUGAGAGAUAGGUUUCAGCUUUUAAUUUGUUAUUUAUUUAUUCUUUUCAGUUUAAAUUUUCAGUCUUACUAUUAGUGGUAUACUUAGGGUCACAAGAUCAAUGGUAGUGAUUGGUAGGAAGUCUGAGGUUGAUCCAAUAUAGUGGGACAAAGGCUCUUUUGCCUCCCCAGUUUUAUAUUGUACAAAGUGACAUGAAAUCCAUUUCUUCUUUCUUUAACUUAUUCAGUUGGUCUUCUAUUUGUAUGAUUCUCCCCUUUAAUAAUCUGUUACCUUUUAA